AGGCCUGUCCCACCCGCCCCGUGUGGCUUUGUCGCCCCCCCUCGGCCCUCGUAAAAGCCGCCCCGCCCGCCGCCCCGCCCUUCUUUCGCCCUCACCCAAAAGGAUCUUUUUUUUUCCUUCUGCCUCCGGUCUCUCCCCUCAUCUCCCCAUCUUCCCCCAGCGCGUUUCGCUUCCUUGCACCAACAUGCGUGAAAUCGUCCACCUCCAGACCGGCCAGUGCGGUAACCAGAUCGGUGCCAAGUUCUGGGAAGUCAUCUCUGAUGAGCACGGUAUCGACCCCACCGGUACCUACCACGGCGACUCGGAUCUCCAGCUCGAGCGCAUCAACGUUUACUACAACGAGGCCACCGGCGGCAAGUACGUCCCCCGUGCCGUUCUCGUUGAUCUCGAGCCCGGAACCAUGGACUCUGUCCGUGCCGGUCCCUUUGGCCAGCUCUUCCGCCCCGAUAACUUUGUCUUCGGCCAGUCCGGCGCCGGCAACAACUGGGCCAAGGGUCACUACACCGAAGGUGCUGAGCUCGUCGACUCUGUCCUCGAUGUCGUCCGCAAGGAGGCCGAGUCCUGUGACUGCCUGCAGGGCUUCCAGAUCACCCACUCGCUCGGUGGUGGAACUGGUGCUGGUAUGGGCACCCUCCUCAUCUCCAAGAUCCGUGAGGAGUACCCCGAUCGCAUGAUGUGCACCUUCUCCGUCGUUCCCUCCCCCAAGGUCUCCGACACCGUCGUCGAGCCCUACAACGCCACCCUCUCCGUCCACCAGCUCGUCGAGAACUCUGACGAGACCUUCUGUAUCGACAACGAGGCCCUCUACGACAUCUGCUUCCGCACCCUGAAGCUCACCACCCCCACCUAUGGUGACCUCAACCACCUCGUCUCCGCCGUCAUGUCUGGCAUCACCACCUGCCUGCGUUUCCCCGGCCAGCUCAACGCCGAUCUCCGCAAGCUCGCCGUCAACAUGGUUCCCUUCCCCCGUCUCCACUUCUUCAUGGUCGGCUUUGCUCCCCUCACCUCGCGCGGCUCUCAGCAGUACCGUGCCCUCACCGUCCCUGAGCUCACCCAGCAGAUGUUCGAUGCCAAGAACAUGAUGGCUGCCUCUGAUCCCCGCCACGGUCGCUACCUCACCGUUGCCGCCAUGUUCCGUGGCCGCAUGUCCAUGAAGGAGGUCGAUGAGCAGAUGCUCAACGUCCAGAACAAGAACUCGUCGUACUUCGUCGAGUGGAUCCCCAACAACGUCAAGACCGCCGUCUGUGACAUCCCCCCCAAGGGUCUCAAGAUGUCCGUCACCUUCAUUGGCAACUCCACCGCCAUCCAGGAGCUCUUCAAGCGCAUCUCUGACCAGUUCACCGCCAUGUUCCGUCGCAAGGCCUUCUUGCACUGGUACACCGGUGAGGGUAUGGAUGAGAUGGAGUUCACUGAGGCUGAGUCGAACAUGAACGAUCUCGUCUCUGAGUACCAGCAGUACCAGGAUGCCACUGCCGAGGAGGAGGGUGAAUUCGACGAGGAGGAGGGUGAGGCCGAUGGCGAGGCUGCUUAAGCGUCCCGCCCCCGGAUCCCGAAACCCGUUUGCGUCUGGACCUUGUAUUAUAAUCUGAGUAUGUGAAAAAUUACAAGCCGACAAAGUUUUCAAGACCCUGCCGGGAGAACCUUUUAGCUGAUAGUGGUGCGCGCGGCCGUCCUGUGUUCCUUUCGGCCACACAUGGCGAGCCGGGCGCGCGGAGUUUGUCCUUUGGUGAUUUGGAUCAUACGAUCUUUGCUUUUCGCAUUCACGGUUGGUUUGGGUACACGCUCUUCUUUUUUUGCAAAAUGAAAAUGACAUAAAAAAUCAGUUGGCCUCGUCUAGACUUUUACCACCCAC